CGACUUAUUCAAUUAUUAUUUUUUUUCGUCUGUGCUUUUUACACUAUACAGUUAAUUUCUUCUGCAAUUCAAAGAUGCCGAAUCUCCGACGAUUUUUGCAGACUGUCAGUUGUUCUCAAGCGCUCUCCACUUGUUCGAAUUUCAAAUUCAAUUAGGUUGCUCAUAGUUUUGUGCAAUUUAUGGCGAUCCAACUGAACUACGAAUUUUGAGAGUUUAAUCUACUCAAAACGGUGUUGUUCGGCUCGGUUUCCUUCCUUAUAACAAACCAUUUCUGGAAAAUACAAAAGAAAAAAAAAAGGCACAAACCAGGGGAAGGAGAAGGAUUUGCCUUAUGGUCUCCAAAUGCCAACAAAAUUUGAUGUCCGCGGGUUUUGUUAUGAGCAGUUUCGGACACGGGUGUUGGAAGCUGCUUGGAGGAUUUCCAGGACUGGAAAUUCACAAUGGAUUCUGUUUCUGCUGAAAAAUGGGAUGGAGUUAUUUCUGUCACAACUACAAGCAUUAGUGAUAAUGAGAUAUUUCAGUACUGUCUAAAUUUAAAAGAAAGUACCUCCGCAAGAAGGUUGAUCAAACUGCCUUCAAACCCCAAGAAUGGUGCAAAAUUCAGCGGGACUGAAGUAUCAUUGUCCUCUUUUGAAAAUAUUGAUGAUUUGUUGGUGGAGAUUGCUCACUUCCUUCGGAAGAUGCAAGUCUUAAAAAUACCUAAGGUUGCAAUAGAGUUGGUGGUUGAACAUUGUGACUCUCCUAUAUCACGAUCUGAGAAGUUUAUUCUGGCAAAUGAGUGCAUUCCUCAGUCUUUUCUUUCAUCAAAUCUUGAACGUCUAAGAUCAGGCUUUGAAGAUUAUGUUUACAAGCAUGGAAAUAGUUUGGAUAAGAGGUGUCACUCUUGCUUCCCAACUUGGGAGCAUCUGAAGGUUGGUAGUGGAAUGGCACACCGAGCAGGAAGCCGAAGUAGUUCAGAUCUUGUGACUGAAGCUGUGAUUGUAAUAAGUGAAUCGUCUGAGCCAUCAUGUGCUUGCUUCAGGGCAUAUGGUGCAAAAACGGAGGUAUUAUAUUUCAAAGACUUCUUGCUUUGUUCAAUUCCUCAAUCGUCUCUGAAUGCAUUGGCUAGCAUUGACUGGAAAAGUUAUGGUCUGACCUUGCGGACUGUUGUGGAACAAGAUGGCCAUGCAAUACUGGAGUGGGAGAGCUUGCCCUCCUGUGCACACAUUGACAUUGUCCUUCACUUUUAUCAAAAACAGGUCAUAUUGCCUCUUGCAGGACAAAAGACCCAAGUAGAUCGAAAUUUAAUAAAAAAUGCAGUUAAGCUUGCACUGGGUGAUUUGAAGGAGAAACAUCCAGGUGCUCUUCUCAGCACUCGCGCACUCAAGAUUCGCAGUUAUGCUCCUGAUCUUGCAAGAACAAUUGCUGCCCUGAUCUUGUCUUCCAACAACUCGAACUUCCAAGAAGAAUGCUUUUCGUUACUCGGGUUGCCGUCUCAAGAAAUCAGAGGAGAAAUUGUUGAAUGUUGCAUUACGGGAAAAAUUGUUUCGGUUGUAGAGACGAACGAUCGUAAGCCUAGCAAGAGUGCAGAGGCUGCACCAUUUCUUUUUGAAGAUUGCUUCCAUGAACCAGACAUCCAAGAAGGGGAAUAUGAGGAUGAAGAAACCUACAGUACCUUGGAUCUGUAGUGCAUUCUGCAUUUUAUUAACUUCUAGAGAGAUCAUCUCCAAGAUUUACUAUCAUGCAUUUCAGUUUGCUGGUUUUGUAAAAAUAAAAAAUUUACGUAGAUAUCCCCCAUUGUGGGCAUAUCUGCAUGGAUUCCAAGUGCCAGUUUGUUCAAAUAACUUGAAAAUUUACUUAGGCCACAUUGUGGGCAAUGUCUCUCAGACAUUCUAGUAAUCAAAGUUUAAAAAAAGGGGAGGAGCAGGAAAGAAUUUGUGAUGGGAGAUGGGCAAUUUCCUAUUGUGUAGUCCAAACUUACACAGGUUUUGAACUGAUAAAAAAAAAAAACCUUAAGCUAGGCAUUGCAUACUGUAACUUUCAAUAUAGGAGUUUGAUGUGAUAUUAUGUUCGAUCUCUAACCCUCUUGUUUGAGUGGGCUAUAUUUCUAUGUACGAUUCAAGAUAGUUACACUAUCAAAUGUACAUGUCUCGAUUCAAUUUUGAUAAGGUAUUGUUUGUUUUCAC